AUGAGUGGGACUACAGCCGAGCAAGAACAGACACAAAAACCUAAACCUAAUUAUAGCUCUGCUUUACCUACCAAAUCUAUCCUCACUCAUUCCUCGUCGCGUAGUCGAUUUCGAGGGGGUAAAUCUACGGCACAAAAUCACGAAUUGUGUGAUUCUUGUCAUGGAGCAGGACACCUGAUUUGUUGUGACGGGUGUCCUAGAGCUUUUCAUUUUUUAUGCGUUAAUCCACCUCUCGACUACAAUAAUCCCCCUGAGGGAAACUGGUAUUGCGUCGUGUGUAGUGUUGAAAGGAAUCCUCCUCCGAAAGCACCGCCUGGUCUCUUUUCUGAACUUUUUGAUCAUGUGCGUAGAACUAAUCCUGUUCAAUUUGAAUUACCCGCAUGGAUUAAAGAUUCAUUUGAAGGAGUUGCAACCGAGCCUACGGGUCAUUAUGUAGAUAAUAAUACCAAAAAGUCUCCAAGAUUAGAUAAAUAUGGUAUGCCUGUCGAGCCUGAUUACACUCAAUUACAAGACGAAAAAGGCAAUUUUAUUUAUUGUCAUUGGUGUCGCAAACCUCCCUCGCGCCAAAAGCCUGCGAUACCCUGCGAUUAUUGUCCAAUGUAUUGGCAUUUGGAUUGCUUGGAUCCACCAUUAGUCAAACGUCCGAGUUUAUAUAAAAAAUGGAUGUGUCCAUGCCAUGUUGAUCAUCUCCUACCAAAAGUUCGCCGAUUAAAGAGUUCAAAGGAUGAUUUAACGGAAAUUUUAGGAUCAGAUAAUACAGCACUAGCCUUUGAGACUGGAGAAUAUGAUGAAGGUGGAAAAUAUAUUGUACCCGAAAUAUUACGAGAACAGAUGAAAGCAAGGGCAGCAGCCAGAAAUUCAGAUUGGGAUCCUUUAGGUUAUCCUGUUUCAGAUCAUGAAGGAGAUGAGUUCGAAAACGAAUCCGUUGAGAAUCAAACGGAACUUAAUGAUGAUGUAGAUGUUGGCGGCGAUUUGUCAGAUGGAGUGUCAGAGUUAACAGACAUAUCAGAUAUUCAGUCGAUAAUAAGCGAUUUAUCAGAUACAAAACCCGAAGAUGGAAAGCCUGAAGAAUCGAAAAACGAAAAUGUUGGUGCUAAAGUGGCAACUGUUCGAAGUUCUCAGGAAAGAAAGAGGAAUUGUAAGGAACGUGGAGACGAUGGCGAUGACAAUCAUAAUGCUGAAGAAGGGGCUGGCAAAAAACGAAGGAAGAUGUUCGAUAAAGGAUCCGACAAUUUAUGGCUUUUGGUUAAUGCUGCCUUGCCAUAA